AUGGCGGCGGACGCGGGGGCCGAGUCGAAGCCGCUCCUGAGCGGGGCCCGCGACGGCGGCGGCGGCGCAGGCGGCGACAGCUCGGCGGACUCGGCCCCUCGCUACGGCGCCCACGUCGGUCCCGGUGAGCGCGGCGGCGCGCGGGGCGCCCCGUCGGGGCCGCGCGCGGGUCACGCCGUCGGGGCCGCGCCGGCCGCGUCCGUCGGGCCGGGCCGGGCGGGGGCCGAGGGGCGCGGGCAGCUGCUCUCCGGGGGUCGGGGGCCGGGGACGGCGCCCCGGCGACCCCCGGCCCGGGAGCGGAGGGAUGCCGCGGAGAAGCGGGCCGUGUGCCUGGAGCAGGCGGUGGUCUUCAUCGAUGACGCCAUCCAGUACCGCUCCAUCAACCACCGCAUGGACGUCUGGUCGAUGUGGCUGUACCGCUGGUACUACUCCAAGCUGUGGCAGAGGAUCCUGAGCUUCUCCAUUUUCCUGAUCCUGGCUCUGGCCUUCGUGGAGACCCCGUCCUCGUUCUCCAGGACCUCGGACGUGCGCUUCCGCCAGGCCCCCUGGGAGCCGCCGUGCGGCUUGACCGAGAGCGUCGAGGGGCUCUGCCUGCUGGUCUUCGUGGCCGACGUGUCGGUGAAGGCCUACCUGGUGCAGAUGGCCCGGUUCCGGAAGAACCCCUGGCUGCUGUCCUACAUGCUGGUGCUCGCCGUGUCCCUCACUGACUGGAUGGUGUCGCUGAGUGUCCUGUGUCAGGAGCCCCUGCGUGUCCGCCGGCUGCUGCGGCCCUUCUUCCUGCUGCAGAACUCGUCCAUGAUGAAGAAGACCCUCAAGUGCAUCCAGUGGUCCCUGCCGGAAAUUGCCAGCGUCGUGCUGCUGCUGCUGCUACACCUGUUCCUCUUCACCAUGUUUGGGAUGCUGCUGUUCGCCAGCGACAAGGGCAGCAGCGGGCGCGACCGGGAGCGACAGAUCUACUUCCGCAACCUGCCCGAAGCCCUGACCUCGCUCCUGGUGCUGCUCACCAUGGCCAACAACCCCGACGUGAUGAUCCCCGUGUACUCCGAGAACCGCGCCUACGCCGUCUUCUUCAUCCUCUUUACCCUCAUUGGAAGCUUGUUCCUGAUGAACUUGCUGACGGCCAUUAUCUACAACCAGUUCCGGGGUUACCUGAUGAAGUCUCUGCAGAUGUCCCUGCUCCGGCGGCGCCUGGGGACCCGGGCAGCCUACGAGGUGCUGGCCACGGCUGUGCAGGACGAAAAGCACCCGCGGGGAAUCGGGGUGAAGAUGGAAGACUUUCUGGAGGUGCUUGAGAAAGUGCAGCUGUCCAGCGUCCACAAAAAUGCCAUCCUGGAGAAUGCACUUUCCUACGGCGAUGUACUGUCAGCCAGCGAGUUCCAGAAACUUUUCUACCAGUUUGACCGGAAGGUGAACAAGGAGCACCCACCGAAGCCUGAGUACCAGUCUCCUGUCCUGCAGACUGCCCAGUUCAUCUUCAGCCACCCUGGCUUUGAUUGCCUGGGGAACCUCGUUGCCCUUGGCAACCUGGUGUCCAUUUGUAUCUUCCUGGAGCUGGACGCGGACGUGCCCUCUGGUCAGUGGGACAACUUCUCCAUGGAGGUCCUCAACUGCGUCUUCAUCCUCUACUACGUGCUGGAGGCGCUGCUCAAGGUGUUCGCGCUGGGCCUGCGCGGCUACUGGUCCCGGCCCAGCAACGCCUUCGACGGGCUGCUCACCCUGGUCCUGCUGGUUCUGGAGGUCUCCGCACUGGCUGUGUACCGCUUCCCCUACCUGGGCUGGAAGCCGCCGCUCCUGUCGCUGUGGGACCUGGCCCGGCUGGUGAACAUGCUCAUCGUCUUCCGCUUCCUGCGUGUCAUCCCCAACGUGAAGCUCAUCGCCGUGGUGGCCAGCACCAUGCUGGACCUCAUCAGGAACAUGCGGGCCUUCGGCGGGAUCCUGGUGGUGGUGUACUAUGAAUUCGCCAUCGUCGGCAUCAGCCUCUUCCGAGGCGUCAUCGUGCCCCCCGGGAACAGCAGCCUGGCCGCCAACGCCUCCGCCACCUGCGGCACCUUCGAGGAGCUCAACUACUGGGCCAACAACUUCGACGACUUCGCGGCGGCCCUGGUGGUGCUGUGGGACGUGAUGGUGGUGAAUAACUGGCAGGUGUUCCUGGAGGCCUUCGUGCGCUACGCUGGUCCGUGGUCCAAGGUCUACUUUGUCCUGUGGUGGCUCGUGUCGUCCGUGAUCUGGGUCAAUGUGUUCCUGGCUCUGAUUCUGGAGAACUUUCUCAGCAAGUGGGACCGGCACGGCAACGUGGCCUUGCCACGCGGGGUCCACCAGGCCACUCGGAUCAUGUCCCUGGAGCUGCUGUUCAGUGACACCCUGGAGGAGCCCACGGAGGAGCAGCUGAUAGAGACAUUGCGUAGUCACCCGUACCUGCAGCUGUGCCGGUGA